AUGGAUGAAUAUUUCUAUCCAACUCUUGGAGGUUGGAACUUUGGCGGACAAGGUAGCGUUGAUAAGAAAGAUCAGCAUUACGAGGCGCAAUUGGCACCUCCUGAAAGUGGAGCAGGUGGAGGAGGGGCUACUGACCUUAGGACAGAUUUUAUUGAUUUAAAUAAACCUUAUAAUGACACUGCACGAUUACAUUCGUUGAAGAGUCGUAUUAUUGUUGCCGGUUCUGGUGGUGGUGCUGUUUCAGAUGAAGAAAGAUAUGGAUUUCCAGGAGGAACUCUCACCGCAUUAAAUAAUGGCGAAAAUAUGUUUGGCGGUACCCAGACUGAAGGAGAACUUGGAAAAGGGAUGGACGGAUUAAAUUCUGGAGAAAACCAAGGAGGUAUGGGAGGCUGUGGUAGUGGUUAUCGAGGCGGCUACCAUAACUUUACCAGAGACAUGAAAGAGCAAUAUUCUUAUGAAUUCGGAGGAUCAGGGGGAAGUUCGUAUAUCAGUGGACAUCCUGGAUGUAUAAGUCCACAUUACCCUGAGAAUAGUAUCCCAAACAAAAAUACGCCAUUCCACGAAUCUAACCUUUAUUUCACUAACACUGACAUGAAGAGUGGUCGUGAUCUAAUGCCAGAUCCAUUCAGUUAUGGUGAAAUAUUUGGUCAUGUUGGUAAUGGCAUCUGUCGAAUCACUUUUCUUUCUGAUUAUAAUUGCAAAACAAAUAAUUUACCAUAUUCAUGCAAUCGUAUGUUUUCAAUACAUUUGAUUAUAGUAGGAUCGCAAAAUGAAUAA